AUGAGCCCGCUCCAUCCGGCUCCCGAUGAAGAAAUCAACCCAGCAACUCUUCCAACAACACAACUACAGAACGAUGACAUUGAUCUCAACCCAGACUUGUACGACGAAGAAGACGAAGGAGAAGAAGAUGGGGACAAGGACAGUAGCAACACCAAAGACGGAAGUAAAGACCAACCAAAUGGAAUCAAUCUAUCGCUGCUAAACAACCUAGCACUGCAAGAACUACAAGAUUACGAAUCCUCCAUGGCUCAAAUCCAACACCAGGCAAACCUCACCACGCCGCAACUCCAGGCCAUAAAGCAAAUAACUCUCCCAUUCGACGAAGCAUAUGCCCAGUUUGUUACCCGUUUCAACUCGAUAACGUCCCAGCAUUCAAUAUCACAGGAGCAAGAAUCGAAAUUUGUCAGUUUUAUAGACGGUAAACUCCUUCAAAUCCAACGUCGCUUCAUCAAGCAGCAAUCGGACCCCACGUCAAUAUACACCUUGCCUCAACUUGUGGCGGAACUAGAUGCCGUAGUUGAUGUGAUCUGGGUCUCUGUUGAACGCAAGAGCAGAUUGUUUUGCCAGCUGGAGUACUUUAUCAAGAUAUUGGGCGACCUCGAGGAUUACGUUGCUCAUUAUAAGCGGAUAUUCGAUGAGAUUCAAUUGGACUCACACCUGCGUGGGAAAUUUGUGGAUCUAAAGUGGGCGAACAUGGAGGUGCUUUUCCUGUUUUGGCGCAAGGUCGACUUGAUGGUUUCUUUAUUGAUUGAUGGAUACGAUUUGAGCGAGGCUCAAGUCGAAAAGAUGAGUCGCACCGAACUCGUGCGUUUGAUUCCUAUAGUGUCGAGAUUGCGUCUAUCGAUAAUUGCCAAGCUUGAUCGAAUCAGAGUCUUGGUGGUUGACGAUGCCAUUCGGGACAUGUUGGAGUUGGAAGUUAGCCAGCUAUUCGAAGGGGUUCUCGAACGAUCUUGA